AAACACCGGGUGGAACCGGAGCGAGCGAGAGCGGAGCGCGCCGGGCGGGUUUAGAUACUAGAGAAAUAAGUCCUCACGUGUUGCAAUGGCUCCCACACUUGCUACUGCGCAUCGGCGGCGCUGGUGGAUGGCAUGCACAGCUGUUGUAGAGAAUCUUCUCUUCUCUGCUGUUCUUCUGGGCUGGGCAUCACUGCUCAUCAUGCUGAAAUCCGAAGGAUUUUACUCCUACCUAUGUCAUGAACCAGAGAAUUUUACCACCAGCUUCGCGCAUGGCAACAGGACAGAGCAGGAGGCUGUGAUUCGGAUCAAUGGGUGGCACAUCUGCCCGGAGCAGGAUGAAAUGCUGAACCUGGCUUUUACCGUUGGAUCCUUCUUGCUGAGUGCAAUCACUCUGCCUCUUGGGAUUGUCAUGGACAAAUAUGGCCCUCGCAAACUGCGUCUGCUUGGCAGUGCCUGCUUUGCUGUGUCCUGUGUGAUGAUUGCAUAUGGAGCUAGUAACCCAAAUUCACUGUCAGUGCUGAUCUUCAUCUCACUGUCUCUGAAUGGCUUUGGUGGAAUGUGCAUGACCUUUACCUCACUUACGCUGCCAAACAUGUUUGGUGAUCUUCGUUCCACGUUCAUUGCUCUGAUGAUUGGCUCCUACGCUUCCUCAGCUGUCACUUUUCCUGGAAUCAAGGUUAUAUAUGACUUUGGUGUCUCUUUCAUCCUCAUUCUGAUUGUCUGGGCAUCCUGUGCAGGACUAGUUUUCUUCAACUGUUUCUUCAACUGGCCACUGGAGCCAUUCCCAGGACCAGAAGACAUGGACUACACAGUGAAGAUCAAGUUCAGCUGGCUAGGAUUUGACCACAAAAUUACAGGGAAACAGUUUUACAAGCAGGUGACCACAGUGGGACGUCGUCUGAGUGUGGGGAGCUCUAUGAAGAACCCCAAGGAGCUGGCAGCUCAAGAGGGAAACAAACUCUGUCUGUCAACAGUGGACCUGGAAGUGAAGUGUCAAGCAGACGAUGCAGCAUCUCCGUCCUUUAUGCACAGUGUCUUCAGCCCAAUUUUGCUACUCAGUCUCAUCACCAUGUGCGUCACUCAGCUGCGGCUCAUUUUCUACAUGGGGGCCAUGAACAACAUCCUGGGAUUCCUUGUGGAGGGAGACCUGGAGACAGUGAGUCUCUACACCUCCGUUUUUGGGGUGUUGCAGCUGCUCUGCCUGAUGACUGCCCCCAUGAUUGGAUACAUCAUGGACUGGAAGCUGAAGGAAUGUGAUGAUGGUUCAGAAGAGGCUGAUGAGAGUGAUGCUAAUCAAGAUGGUAAAAAAAAGAAAAAACGUGAUCGCCAGAUUCAGAAGAUUUCGAAUGCCACAAGAGCUUUUGUGUUCACCAACAUACUACUAGUUGGAUUUGGAAUUACCUGUCUCAUUCCUAACCUGCCUUUGCAGAUCCUUUCCUUCAUUUUGCACACCAUAGUGAGAGGAUUCAUCCACUCAGCGGUGGGAGGCCUCUAUGCAGCUGUAUACCCCUCAACGCAGUUUGGCAGCUUGACAGGACUGCAGUCUUUGGUCAGUGCCCUCUUUGCUCUUCUGCAGCAGCCCUUGUUCCUGGCAAUGAUGGGACCAUUGAAAGGAGACCCUCUUUGGGUGAACGUGGGGCUUCUUGGAGUGAGUAUGCUGGGCUUCUGCCUGCCGGUAUAUCUGAUCUGCUAUAAACGCAGGCUAGAAAGAGAGAAACAGCAGAGAAGUGAUGAUGCCAAACUCUUCCUCAAAAUCAAUGGCACUCCCAAUGAGGAAGCCUUUGUUUAAGUCAGAGCUUCAAACAAAGCCUCCUCUUCACGAGUUCCCCUGCCACUUCAAUGGGUCUACCUCUGGCCCGAGUCAUGAUCCUUCUCUCCAUGCUCUGCCAGCUUCACACAGCAUGGUCUGCUGGCUUACAGUGAAGACUGAGUAUGUUUGAGACACAUGCCAGGAGGAGACCUCCCUCUUCUUCUUUCCUUUUCUAAAAGCUACACAGAUCACAGAUUGAAUGAGCUGAAGCCUGCCUUAACUGGCACUGUCUUGGCUGCAGGAGAAUGACACUUUACUCACCAUUACCAAGCUUGGCUACGGGACUGUAGUCCCUUGCUUGAAAUCCCUGUGCUGUGCACAUUGGAAAGGGGUCUUCCUGCUGUGUCUUGCAGAAGUAGAUUUUCAGUUCAUUGCUAAACACUAAUCUCUGAGGCUGAACUCAAACUUUUUCUCCAUAUAAUGUAAAGAGAUGGUUAGUGAGCAAUGGAUUCUGCCACGUGUGCCAAAACGAAGGGUCCAGCUGACUGCUCUUCCCCCUCCCCACCCUCCAGCAGCCGGGGAGUCCUCUAGCCCAGCCUGUAAGCUUUCUCUGCGUGGUAAGAUGCCUGUCUUGAACCAUUCAGCUGGAAAUUGGACCUUGUCUGAAGUGCUUUAAGAAGUGUUGCCUUUCUUCUUCUCCUCUCCCCGCAGUGACCCUGGGAGAAGAGCAGCAGCUGGUAGUGUGGAGAUAAUCUUUGAGUAGAGCUGAAAGGCUUUCUCAAAACUGAGUCCUACGGUGCAAAACAACUUUGUUUCUAGGUGCUGGUUUUGUUGAUUUGUCUUACUGUUGAAAAGAACCAACAGUGCAGAAGUGGACUUGCAUGUAGUAGCUGGAUCCUGUGACCACAUGGAAGAUUGACAUGGUGAGACAAUUUCACUAAGUCUCAGCAGGACCUCACAGCAGUAGCCUCUUAACAUCCUGGGCUCAGAUAACAGCCUCCUUUGAGAGAAUCCAUCACUCUGAGCUGCUGAACACCAACUUAACUGUAACUGACCAAAAAGCUGCUGGUUGGCAGUGUGAGAGGAGCCUCCUAGGGUAUCUGUGCUCUUUCUGGACAGGACAGAUGGAGAUCACUGACUGUGGUUGGGUAGACUUCAGAGAACAAUAAGUGGACUUGGGGGUACCUGAGGAGGUCACUGCUCAGACAUGGAGAGAAUACAAAGGGAAUUCUUGGCCUGCUUCUCUCUUCUAGCCAUGCCUUUCCUAGGCCUUGUCUACACUGGACUUUGUUUUUCCAUAACCUUCCUGCUAUUGCUAUCAGUGACUCAGCUCUAUGGUGGGAGCACUAGUGUAGAUAGGCUGCCUGUGUUCCAUCUUGACCUGCUUUGAGCAGGGUUACACGACACUGGUUAAAUGCCAGUGGCUGGGCUGAGCUGAGCUAGUGAUUGUGAUAGUGGGGAGAUUAUGGAAAACCCUGAGUCUGGUGUUCUAUGGCAAAUGCAGUAGUGGUGCUUUCUUAGUCUUGCAGUAUCUCCAAUGCCUGGCACAGGGGAGAGUUUCUUGAACUUCACCUCUAAACCAGGCAGGAAAAGCACAAGACUCUGCUGUCACUGUCCAGUAACUCCAAACUGGGAUUAAGAAACAAUGGUGCAUCUGAAUGCUCUGUCGGAAGUGACCUUGGAACUGGGGGGGGGGAAGAGGGGAAGUUUGUCAGAAUGAAAGCCAACACCUUUGCUAUACAGGAUUACAACAUUCAGGUGAGCAGACUACCCGAGCCCUUUCCAUUUAAAGAGUAAACUCUGCAGGCAUUCUAAAUGGCACCAUGGAAAAGAAUCCCUGUUAGAAUCCUUAACAGACUCAUCAUGCUAGUUAGGUUGCCAGUGCAUAAUGACUGAGCAGCAGCGCCCUCUGGUGUUACUGUAUUGUAAAAUCCCAUACGCUGUUUACAAAACAAUGACAAAACAUUUAUUUCAGAGCUGCUUGUUUGUUUUGAAUAGAUUCCUGCCACUUAAAGAGUAUAUUUUAAACAUUGGUGGGUUUUUACCUGUUGCCUUCAUCAGUUGUCACACUUCAAAAGCAACCAUGUCUUAUGCUGUAAUACUGCAUCAAUGCAAAAAUAUUUUAUUCUAUUCUGGUGGCUUCUUACAAGUUUGAGGAGCUUUGGAGAUGUUUUACUGCCCUUCUCAGCUUCUUUUCCUUGUGUCAAGCAACAAUUAGGGAGUACAGCUCAACUUGGCAAUUUAGGAUUUAAACAGUAGAGAAAAAUCUGAAGUACAUAUAUGCUUGGAAGACAUACCAGCAAUAAUUUAAUUUCCUUGUAAUGAGAGUAUUUCUGGAUGGUUUUCUGCAGAUUUCUGCAUCCUGUACUGCCAAGUGUUGCUACACUUAAAUGCUCUGCUAUUGCACACCUGUUCACUCCUGGACUGUUUACUCAACAAGGAAAGAUCAGCUCACAUAAUGCAUCAGAUUUUUAGUAAAUCUUCGAGUCUGAAUUGUGGCAUGAACUGCAGUCAGCUCACCCCAUCAGCUUUGGAGAAUAAUGUGGUAAAGACAGAUACCUAAUUUUCAAAAGUGACUGACUAGUGAUUUUUAGAUGCCCAAUAUGAGAGUUUAAAGGGCCUAAUUUUCAGAAAGUGUUGAACACCCACCCUCCCUAAAACAGGCCCCUUUAAACUCUCUGAGCAUCCAAAGUCAGUAGGUGCUUUUGAAAAUUGCAACCAGCAUCCUUAGUUCCAUGCCUUACAAAUGCAGACAGUCUGAGAGUCGCAGCCUGCCAGCUGCAUGACCUUACAGCUUAACUGCAUGGAAACCUUAUUAACUGGGGUCUCAAACUCAUUAGAGGAAAGCUCAAGAUUCUGUUUAAUCAUGGUAAGGGGAGUAGGAUAUAAAUUCAGUGGGCACAUUCCCCCUUGAAUCACAGUAGAGACCACACUGAUGAUUGUGGGAGGCUCACACAGAAAUCAGGACAAUACAGCCUUUAUGGAGUAACUAAACACUUAUUCCUGCAUUUACAUCCCCUAAUUGCAACUGCUAAUUCCCUCCUGUGGAGGGCUUCUCUCCAACCCUAUUCCAGCAAUGCAAUCAUUAAUGUUGACAUAGAUGUGUGAUAUCUAGGUUUUAGAACGGAUACCCUAUUCACUUGAAUAGAAGGCAGAGGAAUUAAUGCCAGAGUCACUGUUUCAUAGUCUCUGCAGCCUCAGGCAGGCAUUGUCGUGAUGGCUUACAAUUGGUUCAUAGGUGGAAGGUUACCUCUGCACUCAUGUAGGCUAGAAACAUAAUUUACCAAAAAAUUAAACUGAGAUUGUGGAGAACCUAGUUAUGGGGCUCUCAUGAAUUAAAGUUACCUGGACCAGAUCUGGCCACAACUGUUUGAUACCUGGCUUUAUAAGAUGCUUUAGAAUAUUUAAUAUUGUAAAGGGCUCAGAUACCAUGGUGGUGAUUGUGGUAUAAGUGCUGAGAAACAAGAGACUUUUAUGUCUAUGUAAAGGUCUAACCGGACAACCAAAAUAUUCCCACCCCUACAAUGGUGAAUAUAGUCCUUGCCUGUAUAUCAUGGAAAUGUAUUCUUCCAGGACACUUCCGACCUAACAUGUCUUGUUCAUGGGCAGCUUAAUUUAUGCUGGCAUGUUUCCUUAACAGCAGAAUGAGUUUAAUGAGGUAUUUGUCCUCGGUGUGUCCAGUGGCAUGAUCCAGAGAAGAAACCCUAAUACAUGUGCACAGCUCCUUUAAAUGCAUUAAUGUUGAAAUUCUGGCAAAUAAGUUGCAUCAAUUUCAUAAUCUCCAAUUGCUAGAAAAGUUUUCUAGCAUUCAGAUGCUUUCUCUGCAUCACUCACAACUCCACGCACUUACACUGAGGAGAUGAGCUGUCUCUUUCGGAGUGGAUGUUCCCCGUAUGUCUGGAAACAGAAGACUGGACCACAGCUGGUCUGCAAAUGCUUGUUGCUAUGAUGUGGCUGCCUCUGAGAGUCUGUGUUUAAGAGGUGCCUGCAUAGAAAGUGUGCAUGCAUUUUGGGGUGGCUCCUGGCAUUGAUAGGGGUACUUUUUUGCAUAUGAUUGGUCUUUUUAUUUAGGAUUCUGAAAAUAAAAAGCUGUAUGGAAAACAGGCCUUAAUAUAUAACUGGUUGGCCAGUGGCUAUUUGCAGAAAACAAAGGCAAACUUUGCUGAGAGUUUCAUUCUGACCUAAACACUUUUGCAGUAAUUAAUACAACCGCCCCCAGCAUAGUGAGCCUCUACUCCACAGGUCUUUUAGAGGAAAACUGCAAAAUAAUGAGAUUAUAAUUAAAACAACAUCAGUAAAGUAGAAAACUUCCAUUUUGACAAGCUGACUAGUUUAGGAGAUAGAAUACAGAGACAAACAUUGGAAUGCAGGACAAAGCAGAUACUUACAAUAUUUUUGUAGCUAUGCCUUUCAGUGAUACUUUCCUGGCUGCCUGUAUCCACAUGAAUCUGUAUUCCAAUCUAGAAGUGCAGAGUUAUUAAUAUGAAUUUAUUAAUCUACAUCACUAGAUAGGUGCUUCUGCUGGGAAGUGGCAGUAAAACAGGACCUUUCAAUGAAAACUUCACAAUAUUCACUUCUGUGGAACUAACUGAAACAGUGACUGCUUUUAUAGAUACAUAUUCUUAUCUACCCCAUCUCUGUGCUCACUUCACCACCUAUUGUCCUGCACUCCACCUAAUCCUUUUCUUUCUGUUGUCCUUCACCCCCAAAUCUUGGAACAACUUCCCAUGUGCCAAGCAGACCUCCCUUUACUUCCUCUAAAUCCACUUCUCCUAACCUUGAAGCAUUAAUCCCCUCCCAGUGCUGUGGUCAUUCCUCUUUGCCUUUUGUAUUUGUCUGAGUUAUACCAUAUGUUCCUUGGGGCAGGGUCUGUGUCAUCUUAUGUGUUUGUAAAGUGAUGUGUAUUCUUACAGUACUCUAAAUAAUAAAUAUGGUAUUAAACUAA